UAGGUUUGCCAUUAGAUUUGUUAAUAUAUUGUUUGACAUUUUGAGAAAAAAUUAAUUAUUUUUUUUGUGUUCAAAAUGUCUAACAAAUCGAUUACUUUUUUAGUUAUUCUUCUUUACAUAUGUUUGACAAAUGGUAUUCACGGUAUCCGUCAUUACGACGGAUAUUCAUUGAUACGUCUAAUACCCGAAACCAAAGCACAGCUCAUAUAUUUGAGACAAUUAGAGGAAAGUGUUACUGAACUUGACUUCUGGAAAAGUCCAUCGCAAGUGAGCCAAUCGGUCGACAUAUUGAUUCCGCCACAUCUUAACCAUACAUUUAAUUUCAUGUUUAAUAAGAAAUCUUUCAAAAAAUCUGUUUUGAUAAAUGAUUUAGAAAAAGUAUUGGUUGAAGAAAGAAAGCCAUAUAUAGCUGAACCAAACAAACAGACAAAAGCAGAUAUUGUUGUCAAUCAUUUUGAUGAUUAUCAACGACUCAAUAAAAUCCAUUCAUUUCUCGACGCCAUUGCAAACCAAUAUCCAGAUAUCAGUGCCACAGAAGUCAUCGGCAAAUCGUAUGAAAAUAGAGAUCUCAAAAUAAUUCGUAUAGGAGUCGGACAGAAAAACAACAACAAACCCGUCAUCUUUUUUGAAGGCGGAAUCCACGCCCGAGAAUGGAUAUCACCCGCAACCGUACAGUUCUUCGCUCAGACACUGAUCCAGGGAUACGCUUCGGGAGAUAAAGAUAUAAAAGCAUUACUCGAAAAGUUUGACUUUUAUAUACUUCCAUCGGUUAAUCCGGACGGUUAUGAAUACACUCACACCACAUCCCGAUUGUGGCGAAAGACACGACAACCAUAUGGAAGCUGUUAUGGUGCUGACCCAAACCGAAAUUUCGGCUACAAAUGGGGCGGAGAGGGAGCCUCAACUAAUCCAUGCUCUGACACAUACCGGGGAUCGAAAGCUUUUUCAGAACCAGAAACUGAAGCCGAAUCCAAAUAUAUAUUGAAAUUAAAACCAAGAGUUAAGGCAUAUUUUGCUGUCCAUUCAUACGGACAAUAUUGGCUGUACCCGUGGGGUUGGACCAGUUCUUUAACUCCGGAUGACAAAGAUUUGAAUCGUUUGGGAAAUAUAGCCAUCACUGCAUUGGCUAAACGUUACAAUAAAAAGUAUUCAAUCGGCACAUCAACUAAUGUUUUGUAUGCGGCCGCCGGUGGAGCCGAUGACUGGGCAUAUGGAGACGGAGGUAUUAAAUAUGCCUAUACUGUUGAAUUGAGAGAUACCGGCUCUUAUGGCUUUACACUUCCUAAGAGCCAAAUCAGACCAACCGGUGAGGAAACGAGCGACGCAUUCAUUGCUUUCGCUAAACAAUUGUCUACAGAAAAUCUUCACGAAAAUUCAUUAGAAUAUGACUUCUGGAAGGGUCCGUCUUAUUUGAAUCGAUCGGUCGAUGUUAUGGUUCCGCCACAUCUUAACCAAACAUUCAAUGAAAUGUUUGACGAAGAACUGGACGAAAAAAGUGUUUUAAUUAAUGAUUUGGAGAAUAAUCUAUUAGAGGACAGGGCAGCGGUACCAGUGGUCCAACCAUUGCGCGCUGAUAUAGUUGAAAGACAUUUUGAUGAAUAUCGAAGAGUUGGUACAAUUCAUACAUUUUUAGAUACUGUUGGCUCAAAAUUCAAGGAUUUGGCCGCCGUUGAAGUUAUCGGCUAUUCAUACGAACGCAGACCUAUUAAACUGAUCCGUAUCGGUGAUGGACACGAAAAGAAAACUAAGCCGGUAAUCUUUAUCGAAUCGGGAAUUCACGCCCGGGAAUGGAUAUCCCCGGCUACCAGUCAGUGUUUUGCACAAAAUUUGAUUCAGGGACACAAAACUGGAAACGCCGAUAUCGUAGGAUUGUUACAAAAAUUUGAUUUCUAUAUCCUACCAGUUCUCAAUCCGGACGGAUAUGAGUACACACAUACCAGGGAUAGGAUGUGGAGAAAAACUAGAAAACCUUACGGAUCGUGUUUCGGUGCCGAUCCUAACAGAAACUUCGGUUACCAAUGGGGUGGACAGGGAGCUUCGUCUAAUCCAUGUAUGGAGACAUAUCGUGGUCCGAAUGCUUUCUCAGAGUCAGAAACUAAAGCCGUUUCAGAUUAUGUUCUUCAGAUUAAAGACAGAGUUAAGGCAUAUCUAGCGGUUCACUCAUACGGUCAGUAUUGGCUUUAUCCCUGGGGAUGGACCAGUUCUGUGACUCCCGAUGACAAACAUUUGAAUCGUAUGGCAAAAUUGGCGACCAAUGCAUUGGCCAGUGUUUAUGGUACCCGAUAUACAAUGGGAACGUCGACUAACGUUCUCUAUGCGGCUGCGGGAGGAGCGGAUGACUGGGCCUAUGGUAGCGCACACAUCAAGUAUUCAUAUACUGUUGAAUUAAGAGACAAAGGAAACAAUGGAUUUGCAUUACCAAAGUCUCACAUAAGACCCACUUGUGAUGAAACAACUGUUGCUUUCAUUGCAUUCGCUAAGGAAUUGGCUAAAGAAGUCUAA